AAAUUGUUACCGUCUAUGUCUCUUUUUUUUUCCUUGCAGGAAUUGAAAACAUGGCGGAAAACCAACGACCUGUACUCAAAGGAACGACAAUAUCGCCUUCUCACCGAACUGACUCAGAACAAAGAACACGAAGCAAGCAAACCAAAGACAAAUACUGAAGAACAAAAUACCAAUCAGCCAGAAAAGGUCAUCACGAGCUUGGCAGGUGUCGAUGAGAAAAAUCACUUCAAAGAUGCCAACGGCAACUACCCAAUAGUGUCCAACCGCGAACAUGACCUGAAGGUUCUCAAGAAACCAAAAACUCUGUUUUUACGCGAUCACCAGAAUGAAAGUAGCCAUCUUUUGCAGGUGCAGCGUCAACAGCAAUUCGGCAACUGCCGCGAUGCCAACUCUCCGAUCGCUGGCAGCCUUCCUACACCUUGUGCAGCUACCCCUACGUCAGCAUCCCUACCGACAACACCGACCACUGAUCCAUUCAGGUCGAUGGCAUCACCAAUCAGCCCCGUCGCUGUUUCUCCGACGCCGUCGGUAGGUAGCUUGAAACAGGGCAAGUUUGCACUUCUGCGGAAAUACCGCAACUCCGUCGAGGAAAACCUUCAGGUGACCGUAACGGAUGUGACCGUCGGAGAUGUGACGGUAGCUAUCCGGGAAGGAAACAUGCCAACGGGUUUCUUCAGGGAAUGCGAAUCACCUUCAUCGGUAUCUGGCCAAAGUAGCAACGGUUGGUGUAGCUCGUAGCUCAAGGUCACGUGGCAUUGCGAGAAUGCAAGAUUCCUUUGUAUGGUAAAGGUGCGACUGUUGGAACUCAGAUGAUGAUGAAACCGUAUGUCAAGGUCCUUUUUCGAAGUGAACUCUGAGGUGAAUUUCGGCCAGAGGGUCGUUGUUCCUGUCAUCGCGGACAACUGGUCAAUCUCAGAUAGUUCGUCGAGUAGUUUCAACAACAUGUUCAACAUGACUGAUGAGCCAGCUUUUUGGCGUGUACCAGGGAACAAUUCCUUUCUUGUACUCUUGGUUGACAGACCAUGUACAAUUCAAAUAUCUCCUAGGUUCCAGGAUGUAAGGAUGCAGAAGUUAUGGGAGCAGUAUCAUGCUGACCUCACAAUGGACCCUGGAUUUCGAGCUAGGCAUUACUUCUUGAAUGCCAACACGUAGAAGUUUUGACUGUUAUUCUACGCCGUUGGCGGAAGCAACUCUUGUUUUCAACGGGAAAAUGACUGUAAGCAUGGUAAGGUGCCAAGUAGAACGUUGUGAACAUCAGCACAAGAUAUUUCACUACACUGUCUCGUAAUAGGAAAUACUGUGUACAUGUUGUACAAAGAUUACUUGAUAAGCUUUUAAAAAGAACACACCAAAAACAUUUGUCUUUUAUCUGUUUUUCCGUGUAUGAAAUGUCAUGAAACUUUAGUAUUAACUUUUUCGUCCACAAAGUAUAUUCUCCAUAAUAUUUUGUUUUUAUAUGCAUUUCAGGAUGAUACCUGAUUGCAUUUAUAUGGCUUUCAUUGUUGUUAUUGGGUUUUUCUUUUCUUUUAUGGUUUCUUUUGGAAAAUUUGCACGGGAUGAGCUAGGUUUAAAACAGAACAAAAAUAAUGAAAAUGUUGGGUUUUCAGAUAAUAUACAUGAGGUCAAGACGUUAAUUAAUUAAUUUUAGUUUUACACUCUUGAUAAUUAGACCUUCUUUUUUAUACAAUAAUUACUACUUUGAUUGCAAUCAUUUCUGCACCAGUCCCCAGAGUGAAUGACACUUUAUAUAUUUUUAGCAAACUCCAUGAAAACUCGGUUGUCUUUAUUUUAAUUCCCAUGGGAGAGGAAAGUACAGACUUACUGCCGUCUAUUUUACGAUAAACAUUACUUUUCACUCCGAAGGUGACUUGAUGGUACAAUCGUUUGGAGUGAAAUGUCGAUUAGUAUUUUGUUCAUAAUUGUUCUCUGAAAAGUGAAAACAAAAUAAACUUUGUAAAUUUUCACAGGUAAUAUUUUGUUAAAUUUUCAUUAUCAAAAAGGUGACGUGAUCAUGGUAAUGAAUGGUUCAAUUGAUUUCCGAGAGUGGACGUAUUCGUUAAUGAAAGCGUUACUAUGGUAAAAAAAAAAUUCAUUAAUAUGGAGUUGAUUUUUAUUCUUUGUGGAUUGUAUUUCUUUGUAGAUCAGUUCUUGGGUCGUAUUUUAUAACUUUGACUCUCUCAGUCAAUUCAAAUCUAACAAAGUAGAUGGCCUAUCUCUCGAAAAUAUAGAUUAUGACCUUUGUUUUAAUAUUCGACAUUACUCCACUACAUAAUUAAUAUCGGCAUGAUUAUUGUUACAAUCUGAAUACAAAACACAUGCAGGGGCGUUUGAAUGCACAAUGAAUUUGUUGUGUCACCAAAAAUGUAAUGAAACAACAUUUUACGACUUAAAUGUUGUCUGUCCUAUGCUGAGAUAAUAAUUGGCCAUGUCAAGUUAGUGUAGACCUGAAUGUAAUUAAGUAGAUUUAAUUAUGCCUUUGUCUUGUUUAACAAUAUUCCUGUCCGUUGUGGAAAGCUGUUAAUUUCUGUAAUUUAAAAGAGCAUUCCAUCGAUUCCACUAUGUUCACGGUGUUGAUUAGAAGACGUAUAACUUUCAUUUCAUUAUCGUAUUUUUACUUUUUCUGGUUCUCUCGUGAAAAUUUUAAUAGUAGAAACCAGACCAAGUUGAUUAUUGAAGCAAAUAUUCACUAUAUAUUUUAACCGUGUCAGUCAGUACUUAACUAACUUUAAGAUAAUGUGAAUUUGUUAAUGAAAUUAUUCAAUAUGAAGUUAUGAACGUUGUAAUUUGAUAUGUUUAAAGAUGUAUCUUGCCUAAUUUUCUCCUACUUCUUCCUCUCUUUUCUAAAUCUCUUCCUCUUUCUCCUACAUUUUUUUAGAUUUUUCUCCGAGUCUUUAUAUACUUUUUUCUCCCAAACAUGAGAGACGAUAUAUUUCUUAUCUCCUUUUUACAUGUUUAAUGUGACUUUCUAUUUCCUUUCAUAAUAGAAUUGAUGUAGUUUAUUGUCUCAUUUUUUGGAGGAAGUAUGUUGUAAAGUGCCUUUUUUUAAAUAAUGCAAAGUGACAGUGAGACAUGGAAACAGAGUUUUCUGAUUGGCCAAAUGUGUGAAAGGGAAAAGAGGGUCAUCCCAACUUGACGAAGAAAAAUAAUUUAAGCAUAACAUUAUUUCUUUAUUUACAAUUAUGAGCUUCUUUUAAAUGAAUAAGGAAAGGCUUCCGAGAUUGUUUUCGAGUUGUGAAACUCAACGACAGUGGUGUAUAUAUGCGAAUGUUUUUGGUACAGAGGUAUAUUUUUAGAGAUUGUACAUAAUGGAGAACACUGUUCCCUUUUGUGGAGAGAAUGGUUCGUUAAGUUACGUAAGUCACGCAGUUUCGUAAAAAAAAGUGAUCACAAUGUGAUGAAGGUGGCGCGUUGGAUCGAAAUCGAGUAGCUUUAAUUUGAAAUUUCAAAGAGACAGAUUAUUGAGAGAGGAAAAUAAUGUUUUUUUCCAAACGUGAUGUACUGUAUUAAAUUCUUUAUGGAACGCUUUUGAUGUAUUAUUGAAAUUUGAAGGAUAUGUGAACGAUAUGUGUUCGUGUUGUACGAAUCCAUGUUACUUGUACAGCUUGAGUUAUUGAAUAAAGGUUUUGAUUAAAUCUCAAGUACGAGACGAAA